AAGCUGCUGGCCGCCACUCUGCUGCUGGCCCUGCUGGCCUGCUGCCUCACUGUGCUGUCUUUCUGCCGGGUGGCCGCCCUGCAAGCGGACCUGGAGAGCCUGCGGGCGGAACUGCAGGGCCACCCAGCUGAGCAGCUGCCAGCCCGCCCUGAGGCAGGAGCAGCAGCCCCCACGGCCACCCUGCAGGAAGCUCCAGCUGUCACCGCAGGACGGAGAAGCAUCUUCCCGCCACCAGCUCCAGGAGAAAGCCACUCGGGUCAGAACAGCAGGAAUAAGCGUGCCAUUCAGGAUGCAGAGGAAACAG